AUGGCCUUCGUCUUGGAGGAGGAGGACGCUAUGUUCACGGCGGAUAACGUCUUGGGCCAGGGUACCGCAGUAUUCGAGGACUUGACCAUCUACCUCAACAGUCUCGAGAGAAUGCAGAGCCUGUUCAAGGGAAGGGCGUAUCCAGGUCACGGGCCCGUGAUUGACAACGGCCCGUCCAAGAUUCAAGACUACAUCAACCACCGGAAGGCUCGAGAGGAGCAGGUCAUUCGUACGCUAAGGACGGCGAGGCAAGGCUCUAAUAUCGAGGGCGAUCCCUAUGCCUGGACGGUCAUGGAGCUUGUCAAAGUCAUUUACGCUGACGUUCCUGAGGAGCUGCAUAUCCCGGCGAGCGGUGGGGUCAUACAGAUCUUGGGAAAGCUCGAAAAGGAAAACAAGGUGGUCCAGAGUGAUGAGAGAUGGAAGUUGAAAGAUCGAUCUGCGUUAUAA